AUCUACAAAAAUGGCGAAGAUGGCAUUUCAGCACCAAGCCGGCACGGCCAUGGAGUGUUUAAGUAUUCCCAUAACCUUACACAAGGAAAAGGAUUACGAUCAGGAGGGUAGGGAGAUUUUAAAAUGUGGCUUUAAAAUUGGUGGAGGCAUUGAUCAGGAUUACAAGAAAAGUCCACAGGGUUAUACAGAUUAUGGUAUUUAUGUUACUGAAGUCCAUGACGGCAGUCCUGCUGCCAGGGCUGGCCUACGCAUUCAUGACAAAAUAUUACAAUGUAAUGGCUAUGAUUUUACAAUGGUCACCCACAAAAAGGCGGUCAGCUAUAUACGUAAACAUCCGGUUUUGAAUAUGCUGGUGGCACGUAAGGGUGUAACCUCUACAUAAAUUGCAUCAAGU